GUGUGUUUUGGGCUGCAGCAUGUUUAGCUGGGUGGUGAAAGUUGUCCCACAGCCUCCUGAAAAACCUGGAAAACUUGGAGACGAAGAGAAAAACAAUGCAGCUCCAGAGGCAACUGUCAAAGAAGAAGCAAAACCAGACAAUCCUGCUAAGCCAAAAGAGGAUGAAGUCUCUGAAGAAAACAGUGCUCAGAGUGGGGUUUUGACCUGGCUGUCUCACGGCUUUAGCAGCGCCCUCCCCCAGCCUGUAGCCACCCCCAAACUGGGCAGAGCAAACUCUGAGGCCAAGCAGGAGGAAGAUGCAGUAGGCAACAGGGCCGGAGUGAUAAACUGGAUUGUGCAGGGCUUGGGCAAGGUGGUUCCUCAACCUGAUGACAAGUACAAACAGCAAACAGACUCGCAGGAGGUCACUGAGGUGCAUGAUGCUAAAGACCUAGCAGAUGCUGAGCCUCUCCCACAAAUCCCUGUGGUGGAGGUAGUUUCUGAUGAAGAGCCUGAUGCAGAUGGCAAGGCCUUAACUCCAAGGGUGAUGGAUUGGAUAAAGCAUGGUUUGGAGAAGGUGGUUCCCCAGCCUUCUCCAGUGCACAGCCCAGAACCUCCUAAGAAGGAAACUCCUGCCCCAGAACCGCCUCCACCACCAGCACCGGCACCAGCACCUGCACCUUCGCCAGCAGAGCCACCCAAAGCAGAAGACGGGACCAGAGGAGGCACAACCAUGGUUGGCUGGAUUGUGCAGGGACUCAGUCGCAUUGUGCCACAGCCUGUUCUGAAAUCAAAAGAGGAAACCUCAGAUGCUGUUCAGAGCAUCUGCAUCCUGCAGGACCCGUCAGACAUGGUGCUGGAGGAGGUGGACUCAGACUGGGAGAGGCAGCAGAUGGAGCAGAGGGAUGCUGAAGCACAGAAGAAGGGAGACCCACAGGGAGUGCAGAGCAGCCCCCUGCUGGAGGCCCUGCCCAGAGUUUUGCCUGAGGUGUUGGCCAUGGAUCAGGAGGACGCUGAGACCCAGACUGAGGGCUGGACCCCGCUGGUGGAGAACAUCAAACGCGAGGCUGAGGAAGCCGCCAUGGUCUCCAUGCAGGAGAGGUUGGAGCAGGAGCAUUUGGAGGCAGCGCGGAUGGCGGAGGAAUUGGCCCUCCAGGCUGCAAAGCUCGCAGUCAGACAGCUGGAGGAGGAGCACACUGGACUUAUCAACAUGGAGGCCGAACUGUCUGAACCAGACAACGGAGAACAACUGUCCAAUAUCCAGGAGGAAGAGAAUGAAGAAGAUCCAGAGUUGCAGCCACUGCGUGAGGAGAGUGAGGAGGAGAGUGGAGAUAGUAAAAACGCUGAAUAUCUGGUGGACGUCUGCCCAGCCGAGGAGCUCGAAACCCAUGAAACUGAGGAUACAGUGGACAGCCCCCCCAGGGCGGAGUCACCAGAGCCACCGAAGAUAGCCCAACCAGAGACUGCCAGAGAGGUACCUGCGCCAGCAAAGAGGGUUUCCAUACCUGUAGUGACCACCCAGCCUCAACCUGCCACCUCAGACCCCUCACCUCAAGCUGGUGUCCAGGAAGAGGAGACUCAAGGAGAGGGUUGUGGAGUAAAGAGUUGGAUUCUGCGCAUCCCUCAUGCUACACAUUGCUUCAAUAGCUUCAACCAGCUGCUGAAGAGAGGCAACUUCACCUCCCCGAAGUUGCCCUCCCUGCCUCCAGACCUGCUGCUGCUGUACCAGGAAGUCGCUCAGCUCCCCAAACAGGCACAGCAGCGGUGCCAGAACAUCUUCCUGCGCCUCAACAGCCUUAAGCCCCACGUCCCUAACAACCUCAACCUUAUCCCCGAAGAGCUUCUGCCUCAGGCUGCUCCUUACACAGAGCUGCGCUGGCCCACAAAACAGCACUCAGAAUGUCCUCAUGUCAACGUAGAGGAGGUUGAUGGUGGAGGCGCUUCCACUGUUCCCCAAAUCCUAGAACCCCAAGAGUCAAACGGCUCCACCCUCACUGUACCUGUUACUGAACUGUCCACCCACAGGAAAAUGUUGGACGACAUGGACAGAGAGGAUGAACUACACACGCCGGGCUUACUCACUGUUGAUGAAGAAGAACGGCCUCUCUCUGCAGCCAGUCAGACCAGUGUUGUGGUGAAUGAACGACUGCAGGAGCUGGUGAAGCUGUUUAAGGAACGAACAGAACGAACUAGAGAGAGACUGCUGGACCCAGAUGAGUCUGAUGAGGAAAGCCCCUCAGCAUCACCUGCUAAAAAAGCUGAUGCUCCGCCGCCGCCGCCUCCUCCUCCCGGCGAGGAAAAGAAGGCUCCAGCAGAUGGUGAGAAAGCAGAAGAGGAAAGCUUCCUGGAGUUUAUGGGCUACCAGGUCAAAUUGCCCCAAAUGCCUAAAAUGCCCGACUGGCUGAGAGCAAUAGUGGAGUAUCGCUUCCCUUCCAGCAUCGAUCCUUACACUGAUUUGAUUUAUGUCGUAUGGCUGUUUUUGGUAACAUGUGCGUGGAACUAUAACGUGUGGCUGAUCCCAGUGCGCUGGGCCUUCCCCUACCAAACACCAGAGAACAUCCACCUGUGGCUGCUGGCCGACUACCUUUGUGACACCAUCUACAUCCUGGACAUCAUGGUGUUCCAGCCCAGACUGCAGUUUGUCAGAGGAGGAGAUAUUGUGUGUGACAAAAAGGACAUGAGAGAAAAUUACAUGCAGACAGAGCGAUUUAAGAUGGAUAUGAUCAGUUUGUUCCCCCUUGAGAUCCUGUACUAUUUCACUGGAGUUAAAUCUGUUUUACGCUUCCCUCGCAUUCUUAAGUACCAGGCAUUCUUUGAAUUCAAUGAUCGCCUAGAGGCUGUGAUGAAAAAGGCCUACAUUUACAGAGUGAUCCGCACGUCUGCAUACUUGCUCUACUCAUUGCACUGUAACGCCUGUCUGUUUUACUGGGGCUCUGAUUAUGAAGGCUUGGGCUCCACCAAGUGGGUUUAUGAUGGCAGAGGCAACAGUUAUAUCCGCUGCUAUUACUUUGCUGUAAAAACUCUAAUCACCAUCGGAGGCCUGCCGGAUCCCACCACCGUGUUUGAAAUCGUCUUUCAGCUGGUCAAUUACUUCGUGGGAGUAUUUGCUUUCUCCAUCAUGAUUGGUCAGAUGAGAGAUGUUGUCGGAGCAGCCACUGCAGGUCAGGCAUACUACAGAGCAUGUGUGGACAGCACAGUAAACUACAUGACCUCUUACCGCAUCCCCCACGAGGUUCAGAAACGGGUCAAGACCUGGUACGACUACACCUGGCAGUCCCAGGGCAUGCUGGAUGAGCGCGAUUUGCUCGUACAGCUUCCUGAUAAGAUGCGUCUGGACAUUGCAGUGGAUGUGAACUAUUCCAUCGUCAGCAAAGUGGCCCUCUUUCAAGGCUGUGACAGACAGAUGAUAUUUGACAUGUUGAACAGGUUGAAGUCGGUGGUCUAUCUGCCAGGAGACUAUGUGUGUAAGAAGGGUGAGAUUGGCCGGGAGAUGUACAUCAUUAAAGCUGGAGAGGUGCAGGUGGUGGGAGGCCCAGACGGGAACACUGUGUUUGUGACUCUGAGAGGGGGCUCUGUGUUUGGGGAAAUCAGCUUGCUGGCAGGUGGUGGCGGGAACAGGCGUACGGCUAAUGUCAGGGCACACGGUUUCGCCAACCUCUUCAUCCUGGAUAAGAAGGACCUGGCGGAGAUCCUGGUGCACUAUCCUGAGUCGGAGAAACUACUGCGGAAGAAGGCCAAGAAGAUGUUGACAAAGGAUAAGAAGCCUGCAGAGGAGAAGACUGCAGCUAAAGAUACCGGUGAGGUCAUCCCGCCACGCCCAGAGACACCCAAACUCUUUAAGGCCGCCCUGAAGGUGGGCAAAGGAGAAACGUUCGCCAAGCUGAAGGAAACCUACAAAAGCACCGGAGCCACACUAGAGCCCUCUGCCAGCACCUCCACUGGUGCCCCCGUCCCCCCUCCCUCCCCCGUGCACCGCCGCUCACCUGUCCCACGGCUGGUCCCGCAGGACGACGACGACAUGGUGUCAGAAACCACAGACAGCACCAUGGUCAUCCGCAUGACCCCCCGGCAGCACGGAGAGGAGGUUCUGUCGGUGGAAGUGGGUCCUGGGGAGGAGGAGGGCGACGGUCAGCGUCAGACAGAGGGAGAGAAGAAAGAUGAAUAG